GAGAUGAUAAUAAAAAAGAAUCCACAGAACUUUUGAACGCGCCCGUCCCAAAACAAAACCCCAAAAAUCUCUUAUCUCGAUUUUCAUUCAUAGUUGGAGGCGCCAAAGUGAGGUUAAGGAGUUGUCAAAGAAACCAUCCAUCUCACAAAGAUGGAUUACCAUAACAAACUCAUUCUCGCUCCUAUGGUUCGCGUUGGCACCCUCCCACUUAGAUUAUUAGCUGCUGAAUAUGGUGCAGAUAUUAUUUACGGUGAAGAAAUCGUUGACCAUAAAAUUGUCAAAUGCGAGCGUAGAAUCAAUGAACUCCUUGGGUCCAUUGAUUUUGUCGAGAAAGGAUCGGAAGCUGUUGUGUUUAGAACCUGUGAUCAAGAAAAAGAUAAAGUUGUGUUUCAAAUAGGCACAUCUGAUGCCGCAAGGGCCCUAACUGCUGCUCAGCUAUUGUGUAAUGAUGUUGCUGCAAUAGAUAUUAACAUGGGAUGCCCCAAGGCGUUUUCUUUGAGUGGUGGGAUGGGCGCUGCUUUGUUGUCCAAACCAGAACUUAUUCAUGAUAUUUUAACAACAUUGCGAAGGAAUUUGAGCCUACCAGUGACGUGUAAGAUUCGACUUCUAAAAUCACCACAUGAUACAGUGGAGCUAGCCAGGCGAAUUGAGAAAACUGGUGUUAAUGCUAUUGCAGUCCAUGGAAGAAAAGUCUUAGAUAGGCCCAGAGAUCCAGCAAAGUGGAGUGAAAUUGCAGAUGUUGUGUCGGCAUUAUCUAUUCCAGUUAUAGCAAAUGGUGAUGUCUUUGAGUAUGACGAUUUCCAACGCAUUAAAUCUGCUACAGGUGCCUCUUCUGUGAUGGCUGCAAGAGGGGCACUUUGGAACCCUUCAAUAUUUUCACCUGAAGGCGAAGUUUCUCCUGAUGUCGUAGAAAGACAAUAUAUUAGGAAGUGCAUCUUGUGGGAUAAUGAUAUUAGAAGCACCAAGCAUACAUUAAGAGAAAUGAAGUCACGUUAUUCUUCUCUAGAACUCCCUGAAUGGAAGGCUGUGGUCAAAGCCGAAUCCACAGCAGAUGUGGCGGAACUCUACGGGGAGCUAGAUUACUACCGAUUUAUAAAAUCAAAUUCCUAUAAUAGAUACCUAUAAUACAGUUUUAUAGCACAAAAGUUCAUGGUGAGGACACUAGUUUGGGUUUAUUGCAGCUCCCAAGCUAAGUUAAACCCUUGCAAAAAACUCAUACACAACCCAAUUAUUUAAGAGUCUAAAAUUUGAGCUCAACCCACAUUUUUGUGAUGAAUGAAGCUCUAACUUUAUCAGCCAAACACAUGCAAGCAUGGAAAUGGAUAAUGUUAGAGGCUUUGUUAUUGUUAUUGUAAUUUUAUUUUAUUUUAUUUUAUGGAAUUGCCAUAUAUUUUUUGUAGAAAUUAUUUUAACAUGAACAAAAUUGCGAUAAACUGAUUCCAUAUAUUAUAUUCAUCCCCAUAUUUUAAUAACGGAAA